AUGGGCAGGCCAGACGAGCUAAAGUACCAUGGGGGCAGCAGCAGCAGCCGCGGCUCAUUCCCGCGCAUCAACCUCUUUCUCGGCUCCGAUCCCCUCGACUCCCGCCUCUGCCAACCCUCGCCCCUGCCUGGCUUCUCCUGCUCCCUCGCCCUGCAAGGCGAUCGAGUGACUCUCCAUUGGGCCCUCCUCCCCACCUCCCUCUCCCUCGCCCUGCAAGUUACCGACUGCAACGGAUGGCUCUCUCUAGGCUUCACUCCCUCCCCUUCCUCCUCCCUCUCCUCCUCCUCCUCCUCGUCUCCCUCCAAGCUCUCCGCCCUUGGGAGCUACGUGCUGCUUGCUGAUGUCAGCCAAGCCAGCGCUGGCGUCACCCGGGUGUCUCCCUAUUCACGUGCAGCAGCAGCAACAGCAGCAGCAGCAACAGCAGCAGCAGCAACAGCAGCAGGAAACGGAGCAGUAGGAGGAGCCUCAGUGGUGCGGUCAUUCGUCCUAGUGAACCACACAGCGCAGGGCGUGCAGAGCAGCAACGGCCUGGAAUUCUCCAACGCCUCUGUCACGCUCGUCAACGGCUCGGCGCUGCUCUCCUUCUCACGCCCCUACACGCAGCGCAACGGCGCCCCCAACAUCUCCCUUGGGGCAGACGAGCUCUCGCACCUCGUGUGGGCCUUUGCUCCCAGUGCCUUCCCCUCCUCUGGCGGGUCUGCUUCCCUGCCCAACCACUACCUCCAGCACAGGGGUUCUCUGUGGUUGAACUGGGCGUCAGGGGAGGCGCAGGUGCAGGCGUCGCCCUUCCCAUGGCUCAUCGCCCACGCGUCCAUCAUGGCCUUUGUCUUCUGCUUCCUCCUCCCUCUCUCCGCUGUCGCUGCACGGAUUCGGGCUUGCACUGCAACUCCUGAGAUCCACACCAGGUUGCCGCGGGCGAGCGGAGCGGAGGUUGCGGGGAGGAGUGGCAGGCACGGCGGGAGCCCUGCCUUUUCCUCGGCCUCUGUCUUCCUUGCGUCCCUGCCAUCCCUGCUAGCCCCGCCGUCCCUGCCAGCCCUGCGAGUCUUUCCCGUCUUGCCAGGUCGCCCGAUCCGUCGUCGGACGUUGCUCGAUCUCGCGCCUCGAUCUCUCGCAUCCAUGGCGUCUGCAACUCCAUCGGAUGAUCCAGCGCAAUCCCCGCCUCCUCCGACGGCGGAAUUCACAGCGAAUCCCGCCACGUCAGUGGCGGGCGCUGGCGCGAUAGGGCAGCCGGACGCGUCGCCACAGACGCCGUCGCAGUCCCCGUCGGCCGACCCCGCGCGGCAAUCCCAAGGCCCGGUCGAAGCACCCGCGCAAGACCCCGGUGCUGGGGGAAAGGGUGAAGGAGGUGAAAUUCCCGCGGGUGAUCCUUCCGCGGAUGAAAUUCCCGCCGAUGGGGGUGUACCCUCUGCCGCUGCUCCCGCUCCUGCUGCUCCCGCCACUCCCGCCGCUGCCGCUGUCGGUGCCGAGCAGUCGUCUGGCGGGUCUGGGGUCACUCCCGCUGCCGUUGUAGCCACUGCUGGCACUAGCAGCGCGCUUAACGCCGCCGCUCCCGCCUUCGUCCCGCGCUUCGCAUGCGCGGGCGCAGGCGCAGGCGCGGGGUCAGGCGCGGACGUUGGAUGGCUACCGGCGCACCUGCUGCCCCCGCAGCCGCUGCUCCCCCUGCCGUUUAACUCGGCUGGAGCGGCGCAACAAGGCACCGCCGCUGCCCCGUUCGCGGGGUAUGGCGGAGCUCUUCAUGCGCACGCGCUGGCGCAGGGGCUUGGCGGAGGGUGGGGGGACGCGGGGUGGGAAGCGGGGGGGGUUUGGGGCGCGCAGGAUGCGCUUGGGGCGAUGUGGGGAAGCGGAGCGGACGGCGGAAGGAGAGAGGGACGCGCGGAUGGAUUGGCAGGUGGUGGCGGGGCGGGCGGAACGGCUCGUGUGAGUAUCCUGCGCGCAAGUCUAGUGCGCGCCGUGCUGUGUGUGUGUGCAAUGAGAGUGUGCCACGUGUUACGUGUGGAGUUCUAUUUCAGCGAUCACAACAUGCCGUACGACCAUCACCUCCUAUCCAUGGCCAACCAGGACCCUCAAGGCUUCGUCUCUCUCUGGUACCUGGUGCAGUUCAGGGAGGUGCGGUCGAUGCUGCAUGCCAGCAUGUCAACUGCACCGGGGCACAUCGUCGCAUUGCUUGCCGAUGCCAUCCGUGAAGCCUCCACUACCUUGGUGUUGAGUGACGAUGGCAUGAGGGUGCGCAGGCAGCACCCCCUGCCCUUCACAGACGUGGAUGAGCUGCAGGCACGCACAGUCGUGGCCCACAACCUCCCGCCCAACCUCUCCCUCUCCGCUAUAGAGGACAUUUUCAAGAAGGCUGGCAGGGUGCGCAUGCUGAUCAAGUCUGGCUGA